GACUCACUAGUCUCCUCUCCAUGGAGUUCGGCCUGCUCAGCGAGGCGGAGGCCCGGAGCCCGGCCCUAUCACUGUCAGACGCGGGCACUCCCCACCCCCCACUCCCGGAACACGGCUGCAAGGGCCAAGAACACAGUGACUCGGAGAAGGCCUCGGCUUCGCUGCCCGGCGGCUCCCCCGAAGACGGCUCGCUGAAGAAGAAGCAGCGGCGGCAGCGCACGCACUUCACCAGCCAGCAGCUGCAGGAGCUGGAGGCCACCUUCCAGAGGAACCGCUACCCCGACAUGAGCACGCGCGAGGAGAUCGCCGUGUGGACCAACCUCACCGAGGCCCGCUCGUACGGCAACUGGCCACCCAAGGCGCUCGGCCCGCCGCUCGCCGCCAAGACCUUCCCGUUCGCCUUCAACUCGGUCAACAUGGGGCCUCUGGCUUCGCAGCCCGUCUUCUCGCCACCCAGCUCCAUCGCCGCCUCCAUGGUGCCCUCGGCCACGGCCGCCCCGGGCAGUGUGCCGGGGCCCGGGGCCCUGCAAGGCCUGGGCGGGGGACCCCCUGGGCUGGCUCCAGCCUCCGUGUCCUCCGGAGCAGUGUCCUGCCCUUCCGCCUCCGCCGCCGCCGCCGCCGCUGCUGCAGCCGCCUCCUCCCCCUACGUCUAUCGGGACCCGUGUAACUCCAGUCUGGCCAGCUUGCGGCUCAAGGCCAAACAGCACGCCUCCUUCAGCUACCCCGCGGUACCCGGGCCGCCCCCGGCAGCCAACCUCAGUCCCUGUCAGUACGCCGUGGAGCGGCCCGUAUGAGUGCCGAGCGGGUCUGCCAGCCCCGAGGACGGGGUCGGUCAUUCAUCGC